CUUCCGGCAACAUUGUCACGUGAUCUGUGUAUGUUAUCGGGUUUUCGGGUGAGUGAAGUCGCCGUUUCACUGUAUUCAGCUGAGUAUUUUACCGGAAGUACUCCGGGACACCGGUUUAAGUUCCGUAUUCCUGGGUUUGUAAUGGGUGUGUGAUCCUUUGUCGUGUAACCUGAGCUUUGCAGACUAUCUGUGGAGUUAUCCUGUGGUCACAACAUCCCAUACAGAGAAGCAAUGGAGGCUGCAGAUGGGCUGAAAUUUCAAGAGUUUGAUGACGCUGCCCACCUGCUGGCAGCGAAUCCUGAUGCCACAACUGUGAGUAUUGGUGAGCCCGAAGACAAAGGACAGAGGAGGCACAGGUCUGGGGAAGAUGAAGAUUUGCUGGGCAAUGACGAUGACAAGACUGAGUUGUUAGCUGGACAGAAGAAACUUGCCCCAUUUUGGACCUUUGAAUAUUAUCAAACAUUUUUUGAUGUUGACACGUAUCAGGUUCUUGACAGAAUUAAAGGCUCUCUUUUACCAAUACCUGGAAGAAACUUUGUUCGGUUGUAUGUGAGAAGCAACCCAGAUCUUUACGGUCCUUUCUGGAUCUGUGCCACGCUGGUUUUCUGUAUUACCAUCAGUGGAAAUCUGUCUAACUUCUUGUUGCAUCUCGGACGCCCUGAUUAUCACUACGUACCAGAGUUCAGGAAAGUGUCUAUCGCAGCAACUGCUAUCUUUGCCUACGCCUGGUUGGUGCCGCUUGCUCUCUGGGGCUUUUUAACAUGGAGAAACAGCAAAGUGAUGAGCAUGGUAUCCUAUUCCUUCCUUGAGAUUGUGUGCGUCUAUGGAUAUUCACUGUUCAUCUACAUCCCUACAUCAGUGAUGUGGAUUUUCCAGUCAGAAAUACUACGCUGGAUCCUUAUGGCUUUGGCGAUGUGCCUGUCUGGGACGAUCCUCAUGCUGACAUUCUGGCCAGCUGUACGUGAGGAUAAUCGGAGAAUUGCAGUUGCCACUAUAGUUGCUAUCGUCCUUCUCCAUGCAUUGCUGGCAGUUGGAUUUCGGGUGUAUUUUUUUGACCCCCCGGAGAAGGAGCAUUCGUUACCCUCUGUGGCUUCCCCUAAUACAACAAAAGGAGCAGCUCUGGCUCAGUGACCGGAGAUAUGGCUUCCAGAGCUGCGCACAAUACUCAUGAUGAGUUCUACACUAACACCGCCUGCACUGAUUAUCUUUCAGCCGGUGGCUUCCAGAGCUGCGCACAAUACUCAUGAUGAGUUCUACACUAACACCGUCUGCACUGAUUAUCUUCCAGCCGGUGUCAAUAACGUUUCCCCUGAGGAGGAGGGUUUGGAUGUCGUCUGAUGGCUUUAGGAGUUUCCUUAUGGUGACGGACAGUGCUGCUUCUCUUUUUUUUUUUUUCUUUGCUAUUUGGCUCCGUGAGCUCUGUACAUUAUGUUUAUGUGAACAUAAAAGGGACGUCACAGUAACUUAUUUUUAUUUUGUUGUUUCUAAAAUAUUUUAAACAUUUUUUUUUAAUUUCUUUUUUAAUGUUCUGAAAGAGAAAAAAAAUGUUUUAUGCUUGUGUUGUGUGUCACCCUCCACCAAUAGAACUGUGGGAGAUGUCAAUAUCAGCCAAUAAGCAGUCCGUCCCUAGGGAUGCAUUGUGCACAAACGUCUUUUCAUGUUUCUUUCAAAAUUAAUUUAAAGAGCUUUAAUCAACAUUUUUUUCAAGCAAAAAUAAUUUUAAAUACUUGCAAAGAAAGCGAGUGCUCAAUAUCAGAGCAUUCAGAAGUUCCAGUCUUUGUGAAUUUUUGAUUUUGAGCAUUCACGUUCUUCCUUUGCACCUACUUAUUGUAAGUGGAAACAAAUUAUAAUUCCUGUUAAUUAUUUAUUCGUAAUGGUGAGCAACACCGAAAGAGAGUUUUUGUUUUUAAAAAAUAAUUUUAAGUUUAAAUGAUUUUUAUUGUUAUAAGUGUGUCAUUUUACAAUAACUGGUGAAUAGAAUACAAAAACAUUUAAGUCAUUUCCAAGUAUAAUACAAAGUCAUUGUCAGUAGGAGUCGUAUUGCUUACAUUCUUACCUCUUUAUCAGUUAUAUCUAGCUCCAAUUCUUAUAAUAACAAAAUAAAUUUUCUGUUUGCAGACAAUGUCUAGAACGUGAUGUUUGUCAACACAAAUUGAAUAAAAGUAAAGAGAGGAGAAAAAAAAUAACGAAAAGAGGGGAGGGGGAGGUUAAAAAAUAAUUUUAACGUUCCAUUGCUGGUUUUUUCUUAAAGGGACUGUCUUUAUCCAACUUUUUAACCAAUAAAGCCUUUACUACCCAUUCCAGAGCUUUGCACAACCAACAUUAUGUUAAUAUACUUUAUAGAAAUUUAGAGGUUUAAAUGUUAUAGACAGCCUUUUAAUCACAUGCUUUUUUAUUUGCUUUUCACAACAGGAGACUGCUAGUUCAUGUGGGCCAUAUAGAUAACAUUGUGCUCACGCCCGUGGAUUCUGCACAACCCUGCAUUAAUUGGCUAAAAUGCAAGUCAAUAGAUAAUACAUAAAUAGUCAUGUGAUCAGGGGGCUGUCAAAAAAUGUUAAGAUACAAGGUAAUUACAGAGGUUAAAAGUAUAUUAAUAUAAUCAUGUUGGUUAUGCAAAACUGGGGAAUGGGUAAUAAAGGGAUUAACUAUCUUUUUAAACAAUACAUUUUUUUUGAGUUGACUGUCCCUUUAAGCAUAGAAGAUUUAAUGUCCCCUUUUGAAGAUGACAGAAAACAAUGUAAGGUUUACAUCCGUUAUCUAGGCUGUCACAUCAAUGCAUCUUGUGAUUGACAAGUGCAAAAAUAUUAUUGGUGAAAAUGUAAUGAAUUUAAUUCCUUAUGAGUACGGCAGAAGCCACUGUUCAUUUUCCUGUAGUGUGUGUGAUAUUUUAUACACUCAAAGGGACGUUCAUAAUCUUCAUUAGAAAAAGGAUUUUACUUUGCACUAAAUAACAUUUAAAUUAAAAAAAGAGGUCAAACUUUUUAAGUAUUUUUAUUUCCUCUGCUAGAGCCUUUGUUGUAGGUAUGUAAUGGUGACUAUCAAACGGGAAUACUUAGUUCCUAAAUGGUUUCCUGGUGAAUAGCUAUUGAGUGUAACGGCAGGUGCAGAAGAGAACUCUGUGUCAAACAGGGAUACAGACAUUUUUUGUGAUUUGGGAAUAAGAAUAAAAAUUUAAAAAAAAAGUC